AUGUCCUCGAAUUAUAUGCUGUUCCGAUGCGUGUUUUCCAUCAUAAACAUAUGUUUUUUCGCAUUGGGUUUCGCAGUUGUUGUAUAUAGUUGGUUAUUACAUAUUAAAUCGGCUGAUUAUGGCUCGUUAAUGGGCAGUCCAUGGUUUACAGCGCCUGUUAUCUUAAUUAUCUCAGCGAAAUUUUCGAUGCUGUUGGGCAUUGUCGGAUGUCUCGGUGCUUGGUGCGAAAAGCGAGCUUUGUUGUUCAUGUAUAUUAUCAUCAUGAUAGUUGUCUUUGUCGGAUUAUUAUUUGGCGUUGUCUAUAUAAUUGCUAUGAACGAGCGAACCGCUAUAUCUGCUCACCAAAGAUUACUGGAUAAUAUCCGUCGAUAUCCUGUUAAGGAAAACGAGUUUUACAAGAAAAUGGAUUCUGUUCAACGAAGACUUGACUGCUGCGGUAUUGAUGAUUAUCGUGAUUGGUCUCAGGGAGAUGUUUGGUCUGAUCAAUCUCAUGUUCCAGAUUCAUGCUGUAUAGAAGAAAAAGUUGGUUGUGGAAAGCUAACCAAUGGAAAUGAAACGAAUGGAUUGAUUUACACAGAUGGCUGUUUCAGCAUGAUUCAAAAAGAGAUUAAUCGAAAUUUAAUGAUUGUCGGUAUUCUCGCGUUCGUUCUUGUUUUUGUUGAAGGAUUUUGCAUUGUUGUUGCUCUUGUGUUGUUUUAUUCCAUCUUUGAUGUUUAUUUUACAUCACCAAUUAACCAUGGAAUGCCUAUACAUCGAUCAACUCGAUCACCGCGAGCAAAACGUCUCGUGCUUUUCGUUGCCGAUGGUCUACGAUCUGAUAAAUUCUUCCAACCAUUGAAUAACACACCUUAUUUGAAUUCAAUUAUUGAGAAAAGAACGAGUCUUAGUGGUAUUUCACAUACACGUGUACCGACAGAAUCUCGGCCAGGUCAUGUAGCUAUUAUAUCAGGAUUUUACGAAGAUGUCUCAGCAGUUUCACGUGGAUGGAAAGAAAAUCCAGUUGAGUUCGAUUCGGUGUUCAAUCGAAGUACAUAUACAUUUGGCUUUGGUAGUCCUGAUAUCGUGCCGAUGUUUAAACGUGGCCAAUCGUUUGAACACUUUUAUGUUGAUUGUUAUCAUUCGAAUGAUGAAGAAUUCGGUAAUGAUCGUGCUCAUGAAUUAGAUCUAUGGGUUGAAAGGGAAUUUCGUAAAUUCUUGUUAAACAAUACAUUAGGAAAAGAAUUAGAAAAAGAUCAGAUUGUCUUCUUUUUUCAUUUACUCGGAAUCGAUACUAACGGUCAUUCACAUAAGCCAUGGUCAGAUGCUUAUAUGAAAAACAUUCAGAUCGUCGAUGGAAUUGUUCAACGCUUAGAAAAUCUCAUAGAAAAUUAUUACAAACAUGAUGAAAAAACCACAUAUGUCUUUACAUCAGAUCACGGUAUGACUGACUGGGGUUCACAUGGUGCUGGCGAUGAUACAGAAACAUUAACACCAUUACUUAUUUGGGGUUCUGGUAUUCGCUCAUCACGUCAUACAAAUGUGCAUAUCGAACAAGCUGAUCUAUGUCCACUAAUGUCUUACUUUCUUGGAAUAGACUACGCAAUUAACUCAGCUGGUCGUCUACCAAUCGAUUAUUUACUACCUGUGGAUGAAGAUCUUCUUCAGGCGUAUCUACAAAAUGCUCGACAGCUGCUUGAACAAGUUCAUCAACAACACGAUAUAUUAAAGAAACGUUUGCUGUUUUUUAAUCCAUUCGAUUUACAGGAAGAGCAGUUUUUCGAACGGAUGAAGAGCGGAAAAGGUUAUAUGAAUUUACAUGCAGUUAAAGAUGAUAUUAAACACUUUAUGCAUCGUGUAGCUGAAGCCAGUCAUUACUAUCAUACCUAUCGGCGAUUUUUAUUAAGUGUGCUAAUUCUUACUGGAUUUUUAGCAACGCUAUGCACCAUUUUAUAUCAAUUAAACCCUACUCAACCAACGAACUCAUCAAUCGCACUAACGUGCAAGUUAAUUCCAAUAUUAAUUUUCGUUUUACUACUUGUCGAACAAUCACCAUGGACGCAUUUAUUGUAUCCAGCAUUGGUUUGUGUACAUACGUUCUUAUCAGCAGAUUUCGCCAUUGGAUGGAUACGACAGCAAGGUCUUGAACACGUCCGAUCCGCAUCGUUUUGGUUGAAAACAUUCUUGAUCGGAUUAUUUUUACAAACAUACAUUGUUCCAUUUUUUCAUCGAUGGAUGAUGUCAAUCGGUGUUUUCUUACUGUUUAUUGAUGCUAUUUAUCGUUGGCAAGGAUCAUUUCUCCAUGAUCGCUAUCGGCGUGGAUAUGGUAUUCUAUUGAUAAUUAUUCUUAUCUUUCCAUUUCUUCCAACUGUUGGUACAAUAAAAAUAACUUUAUCAUGGUGCACAAUUCUCUCCGGUAUUUUAACCUUUAUAUUUCAUUACUUAUAUUUCCAAACUGAAUCAUCCUCAUCGUUGAUUAACUACAUUCAACGUGUUUGUUUGUUAUUGGCUAUUAUUGAUAAUUAUUGUGUUCAUAGUUUAUCCGUACGUUCGCCAUUUAUUCAUAUUCUUAGUUGGAUUCUUUUAUUGACUUCAUGUUUUCUGCCAUUUUUUUCGUCGAUACAACAUCGUUUGAAUCGACUGAUUUGUAUAUUUACGUCAAUUAUGACGAUAUACAUUCUCUUCUCGACACAGUACGAAGCGUUGUUCGUUCUUUGCCUAUGUUUGUUAAUGUUAACAUGGAUUUUAACAUCUGAACAACAGCAAAAGAUCAAUCUUCGUCUAUUCACAUGUCAAUCCUUUCUUUUCAUUCUUUUGGCGUUUUUCGGUACCGGAAAUUUCGCAUCCGUAAAUUCAUUUGACCCAUCGGCUGUCUAUUGUUUCCUAACGGUAUUCAAUCCGUUUCUAAUGGCUUUCGUGACCAUCGUCAAAUACAUUUUACCAAUCUUAAUUGUUAAUUGUGCAACAGCUUACGUGAUGAAAAAUGCAGAUAUGAUCAAAACAUUUCGUUUAACUGAAGGAAGUUGGUUACAAAUAGGUGAAAGUAUCAGUCGUUAUGUAAUAUUAAUGGCGAUGAUUGUUAUUCUGACCGCAUUUCAAUUUCUUGCGAGUUUAUUAUUGAAUCAAAAAUGGAACUAUUUCAAUGAGAAACAAUCUUUGAAAUAA